AUGGUUCUUGAAGCGACGGUGAUAUGCAUGGAUAAUUCUGAGUUCGUUCGUAAUUCCGAUUAUGCUCCAACCCGUUUACAGGUAUUGAAACAGUGCCAAAAGUUAUCUGACGCGGUUAAUCUACUAGCAGGUGCUAAAACUCAAAAUAAUCCAGAAAGCUCUGUUGGUAUUUUGAGUUUAGCCGGUAAAGUUCCACGUGUACUGGUUACACCGACAAAUGAUCUUGGCAAAGUUUUGAACUCUGUACAUGGUAUAACCAUACAGGGUGAAAUAAACUUGGUAACAGGUAUUCAAGUUGCCCAUCUUGCCUUGAAACAUCGCCAGAAUAAGCACCAGCGCAUGCGGAUCGUUGUUUUUAUUGGAUCUCCGAUAUUGGAUGAUGAGAAGGAACUUCUUAAAGUUGGUCGGAAGCUGAAAAAGUGCAAUGUUGCAAUUGAUAUAGUAAGUUUUGGCAGGUGCACGGAUAACGAAAGAAAAUUAGAUUCAUUGCUUUCAAUGGUAAAUAAGAAUGAAAAUAGCCAUCUGAUCAAAGUCCCACAGGGUCAAUCUAUCGCAGAUACACUUAUUGCGACUCAUAUAUUUAAUUCAGCGGGUUCAAACGCAGGUAGUGGUUUUGCAGCUGCAGCUGCUACAGCAAACGUAAAUACAAUGGGUGGGACUGGGAUCGAUCUCGGUGAAGAUCCAGCCCUGAUGCUUGCCUUGAGGGCUUCCUUGGAAGAGGAGCAAAUUCGCCAAGAGAAUCAAGCUUCUCUGGCUUUGAAAGAAGGGAAUAGUGAUGUUGGUUUGGAAACUGGUCAAACUAAUGAGGAAGGUGAGGGAAAUGAUAAAACAGCAUCCCCAAAUCGCGAUAGAUUACCAAAGGUUUCCAAUUUAUCCCACGAAUCAAGAAAAGAUACACAGAGUGGUUUGAAAGAUGAAAGUGGAUCCGAGGAUAAGAACUGA